AGCCCGCGUGUUUUAGUCUGGCUUCAGUACCAGACACACGUCACCUGUGGCUGCGGCGGCUACAGGCCGACUUGUUGCGAGAGCCACCUGUUACCCUAAUAUGGAAGCCCCGUAAAACCCAGCGUACGUGGAGAUGCCUCGGUGCUACAUGGUGAAGCAGGGCGGGCGGCACGGCGAGACGGCGCCGCCGCGCAGCCCCACCGAGGGCAGCGUGGCUCCCGCCUGCUACAGCCCUAACAAGCCACACAACCACACAGAACCCAGCACAGGCGAGUAUGCCGAGAUCGAGGGCGGCGGCGCGGCGGCGGCGGCGGGCGAGGCGGGCGCGGCGGACGCGGCGGCGGCGGGCGGCGGGGCGGGGGGGCUGGCGGGGCGCUCGGCCGCCGACACGGAGGCGGCGCACGACCUGCUGUCGCUGGCGCAGAGCCUGCCGCCGCUGCCGCCCGCGCACGUGGUCACCGUGCUGCACGCGCCCGAGCCGCCCAUGCUGCCGCUCUACACCUACACCAUCCAGCCCGCCUCCAACAUCUACAUCCUGGCGGACGAGCCGCAGGAGCCCGCCAUGUACCAGAACGUGGGCUCCGUGCCCGACCUGCCCAUCCAGUACGCCGACGAGCCCGUCGUGGUGUACGAGGGCGAGCCCGAGCCGCCGCAGAUCGAGCUGGAGCUGGAGGCGGAGGAGCUGCCCAUCGUGGAGGAGCUGGAGGAGGUGGCGGAGGUGGAGGAGCUGGAGGAGCUGGAGGAGGAGCCGCAGCCCACGUCCAUCCCCACGUCCGUGAUCCAGCGCGCCGCCGCCGCGCGCGACCCCAAGGAGAAGGCGCGCUACGACUGCAACGAGUGCGGCAAGCGCUACGCCACGUCGUCCAACCUGUCGCGCCACAAGCAGACGCACCGCAGCCUCGACUCGGUCUCCGCCAAGCGCUGCCCGGAGUGCAACAAGGCGUACGUGUCCAUGCCGGCGCUGGCCAUGCACGUGCUGACCCACCGCAUGGGCCACGUGUGCGGCGUGUGCGGCAAGCAGUUCUCGCGGCCGUGGCUGCUGCGCGGGCACCUGCGGUCUCACACGGGGGAGAAGCCGUACGCUUGUGCCAGCUGCGGCAAGUCGUUCGCGGACCGCUCCAACCUGCGCGCGCACCUGCAGACGCACUCGCAGGACAAGAAGCACGAGUGCGAGCGCUGCGGGAAGAGCUUCGCGCUCAAGAGCUACCUCAACAAGCACCAGGAGUCGGCGUGCACGCGCGACGAGUGAGCGCCGCGCCGCCGCCGCCGCCGCCGCCGCGCGCUCGGGCCACGACAACGGUUGUACAGACGUGCUGGUAAACGUUGACGUUGUCGCACCACAAAAACAUUGCAACGAAAAGAUUUCUCUAUUAACUUCUUUACAUCUUUUUAUUCGAAAAUAAAAAGAAUUUUAGGCUAGAACUCAUAGUGUCGACGGUGUCGAGGGAAUUAAAAAGCAAUAACUAUGUACCUAAAUUAACGUAUUUGGCUCUUCUCUAAAUUUAAAUGUUCGAUUUAUGUAAUUGUAAAAGGGGGAGUAAUAAAUUGUAUUUUUUCAAUUAUAGUACGGGCACGACGGACGGAGGGAAUCGAGUCAAUUCGGCUAGAGCCAGCGUAUGGAAAGUAGGCUUUAUUUACACUGUAGGUAGGUUAGUUUAAGCACGGUUUGCGUGGUGAGUUUUUUUUAGUGAGUAGUUACGGUGAUACGUAGAGACUUAAAGAAACCGUCGAGCUGUGGUACAAAGAGAGCAAUAAAAUUAACGAUCUUAGUGUCUCGAGCAUAGUGUUAGGCAAUAGGGGUAGAGUAGAGUAGCCCCGAGAGGACCAAGGCACUUGCACUUCUCUAGCGGGGCGGGCCGCCUCCACCACACCCACUCACAACAUUACUAACAACUCCACUAGCUUCAUCACUUCAUCAAUCGCAUUUUUCAGUCAGUUUAAAUUGAAUGGAAAGAAAACCAUUUAGUUAGGAACUUAUUCAAGUCAAAUUAAUUCAUUUAAGUGGCCACUUAACCUCGCGUUUUAUGUUAAAACACUCGCGUGUCGCGUCUUGUGAUGGCAUUUGUUAAGUACGAGUAUAUGGGACACAUGGGUCAGUGACCUACUGAAAUAUAUACCCGAUCAAGAAAAAAUAUUUACAUAAUUAUAUAACACUGGCUUAGUAUAGGGUGGCCCGCCCUAUGGUCUUUUAAUAUUUGAAUGGUAUCUCUGGAGGACGGCCUCAAACAUGAAUUAAGUAAAAUAAUUGAACCAUUGCAAACGUGCGAACUGAACGAUAAAUAUAGCUUUAUAAGCGAUAAGUGUGAUCUCACACUCACUUCACGUUACCAAAGUCGUAUGAUAAACCGAAACAGGGAGUCCCAGCUCGUCAUUCUGAACAACUUUUGUCGUUAACCUAAUGAUUCACGUGAAAGACUAAACGACGAUGCGAUUGCGGCCAAAAUUACCACCAGCCCCUGUGCGGUGUCAUCAAGCUUGCACUCAGUUCGCACGGCGCUGGGCUCAACGAUGGCUGGGGGGUCACUAUAGAAAUCGACAAACGAACGGCGAGAGUUGUCACGCAAUCGGCAAAACACGCAGCGAGAUAAAGUCGUGGUUGGCUCCUAAACUUUUGUUCUCCCUAAAAUUCGGAGCGCUGCCGCUGCGCUAGCCACGACUCGUCUUGUAUGAAGCGAACCGAUUGCAUGCCAGCUCUUGUUCGUUCGCUCGUUCGAUUUCUAUAAUGACCCCGCAACUGUUAUGUAUGAUAUAAUGAUCUUAGUGUUUGGAGAAAUAUACGUAGAUCUAGUCAAGUAAGUUACAGUUAGAAUAAGUUUGUGUGUGUUGAAUUCUAGGGUUUCGUACCAAAAUUAAUCGUGAGAUAACUGUACUGUUAAUGAUAACUAAGCCGCUACGACUUAAAAUUGAAUCCGAAAAUUGAAAUAAGUAGUAAAUAUAGAGCCGUAAAUAAACUGACAUAGAGAACACCAAUAAAAUAACGUAUAUUUAAAUAAUUUUAAGGUUUUGUCAGUUCAGAGUUUAAGAAUUUGACGGUGCAAAAUUUUAACAUUUAGUUUUUCAGAAUCGCGUCCAAUAGGAUCGGUAAUUUAACAAUAUCAAUCAUUAAUAUACAAUUAUAUCAAAUUGAGAACACCAUUUUUUUUAUAAAUAGUUUUAACAAGUUAACUAGUUCAUGCCGUAAUAUACUAGAGUAGAGGUAGGUACGUAGAAUACAUGCUAGUGUUUAUUUGUAUAUUACCUAGGUUGACGAGCAAGACUUAAGCAGUAUGUACGGCCGUCUCGGCCCUCGGCAUCAGACGGUAAUUGAUUUUACUUUUUUGAAACGAAAAUACAUUUUGUAUACAUAGUUUUAUAUCUAUACUAAAUUGUCAACGUUAUUCGCCGAACGCAGCCGAAGGUCAAUUUACGGCAGUACGCAGGGCAUCGUCGCGACGACGUAGGCAUGCGCCGUCACACACACUAGAGACUGACAUGUCGUCACACAAUGAUGGACUCUCUAACUCAACACUACUCUCAAACUGAUUGUAAAGACUUGAUGCAUAACGAAUGCAUCAGUUGCCGGCCGACCGAGACGGCUGUCAGUGAAAAUCCGCCUAAAAUAUCAUGUUGUGACCGAACACAUUAGUGAUAAAUUGUUAUGACGUCAUAUUGCGAAUCGCUAUCGCUGAAAUAUUUAAAUAAGUAUAAUAUUUUGGCACGAAACUCUAGCUUUAGGUUACCUCUUUUUAGUUGAUGUUUAUAUGUAACUAGCACGUAAUUAUUUACACAUUUGUGUUAUAUAAUAUACAAUCUAUUUAUGUGUCCCAUAUAGAUCAUUAUGAUUAAAUUUUAUUUAUUUUGUUCUUUUAGAUACGAAUCAAAAAAUAUUUAAGUGAAAUUGAGAAAGCGUUUACAAAAUGAUUAGAUAAUAUGCGGUGGCAAAUCUAUGGAAAAGAAAAUAUGUAUUUUUAAAGUGUUUUAAGAUGUUAUUAGUAAUUAAGAUAUUUAUUAUUUUGUUAAAUUGCGUAUAUUGCUUUGUUUUUGGUGUCGUUUUUUUUUACAUUUAGUCAUAAGGUCCUUGCAAGUGUGCUACGUUCUAUGUCACAAUAAUAAUUGUUUAACACAAUUGUGUAAAUAGUGAAUGAAUACUUUUACACAUAAUCUUAAGUUACUUAAAUGAUAUUAGAUUGGUAAACAUUCACAAUCGAUUCCACAAGAUUCAAAACAAAGUAAUACAUAAAAAUAACUAACGUUAAGUCAACAAAUAAAUCACAAAGUUUAAAAUAUUUAAUCAAUAGAGCUAUGAGUAUUUAUCAAUGAUUUAUUUUUCAGCUCUUUUAGAAUUAAACUAACUUAUUAUUGUGGGUAAUAUGAUCCGCAAUAUGAUUUGUUGACUGUACUAGCAAAAAACAAACCAUUGUGAAUGUUGGGCAGUUUAUAAAAAAACUAGUACUCUGAUACAUUGCAACGAAACAGUGUCCAGGUGAAAUAUAUAAAUGCACAUAAAUAUUCAUAUAUUGAAAUUGAGAUAUAUUGCAGAAAUUCCGUAUUUGGUAUCAUAAAUUUCGCAUUUUCAAAGGUUUAAUAAAUAUUUCCUAAAUUCAUACGUUUAUAAUAAUUAUUUAUGUAUGUUGCACUCACAGUAUACAAAGAAACGCACUCCAUAUUAUAUUACGUUGUACUCGCGUAAGUAUUAUUAUUACAUAUAAAUCGUCAAUUUAGAUGUAGUCAAUUCCUCACAUAGAUAUAAGUUGUUUUAAUAGUGUCUAAAAACCGCACUGGCCAUUAGGUACAUGAGAGUUUUCAUCGUCAAUUGCUCUAAAAGUAGUCUGGGAUUCAGAAACGUUUGCAAAGCUGCGUAUAAAAAACUGCCUAACAAUAAAGUGCUUAAAUACUUAACUUAAUAAAGUUAAAUUAGGUAUAAAAAUAAAUUGACUGCCAUUAAGAUGCCGUAUAAAUUAAACUGUAUUACGACGAAAAGGUUUAAGAGAUGUUUGACAUGUACUUGUACAUAUUGUUAUGCAUUAAAAUAUCAAUUGACAGAGAGGUAAAUAUCUAUUUUACGAUAAGAUUGUGUAGUUGUACGACCUAGACUGGUUUAGUUUACAGCAUAAUCCUAAAAACAGUCACGUAUUAUUAACGUGUAGUACAUAACAUUUUUAUGUUACAUAAUUUCUGAAUCCCGCACUAAAGCAAGUUUCCAUUGAAACUGUAUAGUCAAAGACUGAUCCGAAGUGUUACAAGAUAAUCGAUUAAUUAGUAGUAAAUCGAGUCAUUGCUCGUCAUCGACUUAAGUCUUCCAAAUCUCACAACGGAAUAGGUUAUUUGAGCAGAUUCCAAAAAAUGAUGUAAACGUUUGAAAUAGGGUUUAGAUCGGUGUUGGUGCCGAUGUGGAUUGCCAUUUUGAAUUGGGUUCGAGUAAAAUUAAAAUACUUAUAACACUUUUUUGUCUGAAUAUUGUAAGUAACAUUACGCCGUUACCAAAACUCUUAAAAAAUAUUUUAUGAAUUUCAGUUUUACAGAUAUUGCUAAGACAUAUGAAAAAUAUAUGUACCUACCAACUCUUUUAUUUCAUCGAGAUACCUAUAAUGUAACUUAUAGUUUCGUGACAUACAGCUAACAUCAUUAUAUUUUUAAAUAUUUUAUUUGAUUUAAGUAACCUAAUAAACAACUAGGUACAACACUUUUGAUGGGAUUCUCGGCAAAUUAUAUAAAUUAAUAUUUUAUUGAUUACAGCACUUCUUACUUUUCACGACUUAUCUCUAUAAAGCCGCGUACAGACCGGCCCAACGAACGCCAACGAACUGAUUUCGUUGACCUUCGUUGCUGCAAUCUGCCCUGUAUUAUGUAUGAUAAAUAUCCAUCGUUGGGUGUUCGUUGGGCGUUCGUUGGGCCGGUCUGUACGUGGCUUUAUAUGUAUACAACAUCUUAAAUACAUGCAAUCAAUCAAACUUGGCUUAAAAUGUUAAGUCCAUGAAAAGACCAAUUGUGCCAUUCAGGUGCAGAAAGUAGGAAUCACACAAGCGCACUUCCUGUAACAUAAGAAUGAUAAAGCUGUGUUCACAAAAUAAAUAAAAUAAUGGCCUUGUAUCUUAUUCACAAAUUGUAAUACGCGACCGUAACCACUGCAAUUUUUUUUUUCAUUUUAAUCAACACUGUAUUUUUUAUUACAUACGAGUAAUACGAUUUCGUUUCUUAUUUAUAAUCAUGUAGGAUCUCAAUUUCUAGUCAGGUUUAGUACCUCUAGUGUAGAAAUAGCAUUAGCUGUAAUUUAGCAUUUAAGAACUAAAAGCAAUACACUACUUUAAAUUUUAUAGUUUUAAGAAUAUUUAUUUAUUUUUAGUGUAUGACCUUUGAUAAAUAAAUAUGUAUACAAUUCCAUUAGGCGCUUACUAACUCUCAAAAAUACACUCAUUUUAUGUAUGUAUUUGCUUAUACAAUCAUACUUUUCGCUUCACAAAUACCUCAGUCUAUUCAUUGGCUACUAAUUUAUUUUUCCCUUUUAAAUAUUAACAAAAACAUACCUAUAUUCCCCAUCAUCAAAAACGCCAUACAUAAAUAAGUUAGAUAUCCCUGCUAAAACACUUAUUAGAUUUUAUACUAAAUGAAAAACUUUCUUGUUCAAGGAAGAAAAAAAUAAUUAGGAUCAAGUUUCGGCUAACUAAAUUAAAGCAAUAAAAAGCAAUAAAUUCGUACAAUUUUAUCAAAAUUUAAUAAUAAUAUAUUACUUAACUAUUUAAAGAUAACUUUUAUAUAUACGAGUAUACUUAACCGAGUGUUUUAUUUACAAUAUUUGGAGAGCUUUAGGUGGUACUCGUGUACCUUUAAAAAUUAGUACUCGCAUGCAUUUCUAAAUUUAAUGAUAAAAUUAUAAUUGUUCUAUAAAAUAUAUGAAUGCCGAAAUCUUUUUAUAACUCCUAUGUUCAAUUAUAAAAUGAAAAUGUAUCCAACACGGCGACGGUACAAUAAUAAAAUACUAUUUUAACUUAUAAUUAUACUAUUUUUAAUUUAACUAAAUAAUAAAAUUAUAUUUAAAAAUAUUAAUUACUUUCAGGACAAAAUGCAGAUAUGAAGUAAGUGUAUGUCAGCCCUAAAAAAAUAAUGAAUAUUAGGAGAUAUUUCCUAAUAUCAAUAAUUAAACGCAAAUAGAGCAACUUAUUACACCGUGAAAACUUGCCAGGCUGACUGCCAUCGUCUACUUUCAUAUUCAAAACUUCCAAACGUUCAUUCGACAACUCCGGUUCAAAUGCUAACAUGUUACCUACAACCGUUUAGUAGAUUCAGCGGAAUUCUCAACUUAGUUACACAAGGGUUGAAAGGUGGGAUUUAAUAAAAAUAACUCUCAGAUUAAAAUAGUUGCGAAGGCAAAUAAGGUGGAGCACCCUUUGUACCUAUACAGUUUAAACAGGUUGGGUUGGAAAAAGGUCGCAUAGCGCGGGGCUUAAGAGCUGGAGGGUCGGUCCGAGUUUACCUUAUUAAGUGGGUAUUGCCCCGCCUUGUUUGCUAAAAAGGUCGCUUAAACCUGGCCACAAAGAAUUUACCCACCUACGGGCGUCGCCGUAGCCGCAGUUUCAUUUCUGCUGAAUUUCAUUUAAAUAUUAUUUGUCUCUUAAACAACGAAAAUUUUAAAGUUAUUUUUGUAAAAGGAUCAAUAAGAUAACAUAUAUAUUAUUGUAUACAAUUAAACAACGACUUUGAGCAGGAAUAGUUUUAUUAUUAUGGAUUCAUAAAAGUUAUCUAUGGGUGGGGACAAAUAAACGUGUAAAUUCUCAAGCAAUAAUUGACUUUUCAAAUUAAAUAUAUUUAAAAACUAAAUUUACAUCGUAUAGCAUUUAAGAAUAUUAACGGUUUAUCUACAUUAUAAUAUAUAGAAAAAAUAGUAAUUAUACCAUACAUACUUGAACAACAUCGACAUCGAUAUAAUUAUAUAAUUUGUCAACAAAGUUUUUUAAAAUUUUCCAUCCAGGUAUAAUUUAUAAUGAAGAAAUUAUGUUUUUUUAUUGUAGCCAUCUUUUCUUAAAUUUCAUCAUUACUAAAGACUCUGCCUAAUAUUUCUUGCCUGUAGGUCACAUACCUACAACAUCGUACAUUAAUAAAAAGGUUGGUAUUAUUAAUAAUACUGAGUAGAAAAGCUAGCAAAUAGAUUUAUGUUAAACUUAGAUUUAAUUAUACUUGUUUAAGUACCUUCGUCAAAAAUAGUCAAACCAAAUUAUAUUUCUUAAAGUGCUAUAUACGAAAAGCUCUGUGGCACCUGCACUUAAGCAUAUAUAUGGGAUAACAUAAAGUUUAUAUAUUUUUAUUCCCGAAGUCACACACGUGUAGCAAUUUCCAAUAUUUCUAUGUCAAAACUUAUGUAUACAUAAAACAAUGCAUUUUACCCACGGCCACAGCGCUCAUACUAUAUAUAUUUUAAGGAUUAUAAUUAUAUAAUAAUAAUGUAUUUUAUUUAUCUGGGUUUAUGAUAAGAAGCUAAUUAUGUGAUCAGGAAUUAAUGAUAAUAUGACAUCAAAGAGAGGUAAAUAAGUACGGCCCAAACUUUAUAGUCGAUUUACAUCACACGAACAUGAAUAAUGCUCUUGUUCUAGCUCUAACUGAGGUUUUUUUGAUGCCAAUCGACCUAUUCACAUAUGGCUUACUAAAAUGGCUACCAGUGGUUACCGAAUUUAUUGUAUCACACCAAGCGUAAAUAUGUUAAUAUCAAAUUGUAUGUUUAGUUCUGUAAGCUAAAUUUUAAUGACAUUAAUCGAUAUGUACUUGUAAAAUGUUGCCAACUGUUAUAAAAAAGUAAUUAAAUCACAAAGAAUUUUUGUACGAUCAUACUUUAGUAAGUUAUUACAGUUAGUAUAUGGAUGGUGAUAUGUGUUGAAAUAAUCAAAUUAUGCCAAAUAGGAGUAAUAGUGACAGACGGAAAUCAGAAAACCGACUCUUAUUUUAAAUAUACCUAUAUAUCGAUCCAUAAAUACUUUUUUAGUUAGAAAGAAUGUAUAAUGCCCUGACAGGUACUAAACAAACUGAUUCAGAAGUAAGAUGUCUCAUCAAAACAAAAUCAAUACAUAGGGCGCUAGGCCUAGUUCACACCCACGUUAAAAUAUAAAAGUGAAAAAAAAAACAAAAAAAAGGACAAUUCAAUGAACAGCAAUAAUAUUUGACCCGCUUGUAAUUACUCGUAAUUUAGGCAUUAUUACUAUUGUAAAGCAAAUAAAUUGUAGUUGCUAAA